UUGAUCUGAGAAUUGCCACGUCUUCUGUGCCCCAAGUGCAUGUAAAAAAUGAAAAAGAGAAAACAAUGUACAUUCAAUGUACCUUGUCCUAUAUAGCUACUUCAAGUUUCAAUCCUUGAAACCACCGUUUCCAGUCUUGAUUUUCAUGUGACGGGCUUUGGUUAUCACCAUGAAAGAUAACAAUCUGGAAUACUGGAAAAACUACUUUCAAGGAGUGGAUUCUGGUAUCUUUGAGAUUAUUGACCAUGCAAUCAUGGUGGCAGCUACAGAUCACCCAAAGGAGUUCAUGCUUCAAAGGGGGCAGAUCGCCGAGAAACUCUACUCAUGCCAGUGGACUCAAUGUUGCAGCCAUGAACAGAGUGUGGUAGCAGUGCCCAAAAAGACCAACAAUGAAAAUCUCAAUUAUGAAUGUGCAUGUGGGAGGGCUAAGAGCAGGUUGACCAGCAUUGCUGGUGAUCUGAACAUUGCUGGAGAUAAGCAGGCUAAGAUAGAUAGCCCUGCAGAGAUGAAAAUGAAACUAGUGAGAAAAAAUACUUACAGCGAAGCUGAGGCCUUAACAGAUGAGAUUGAUGAAGAGAAUGAGAUUAUUGGCGAGGUUAAAAGAAUCAAGGAGGUUCUUGAUAAUAGUCAAGAGGAGUCUGAAACAGUGCUAUUUGAGUCCUUAAGAAGGCUGCAAUUGAUGGUUCUUUCUGUUGAGGUUCUGCAGGCCACAAUGAUAGGUAGGGCAGUUAAUGCUCUUCGAGCUCACAGGUCAAAGCAGAUUAGUCAGCUUGCACAGAUACUUGUUAGUGGUUGGAAAAUAAUGGUGAAGGAUUGGCUUGAUGCUGCAGCAGCAACUGUUGCGGAAGGUUCUACAGACCCUAACCCUUCCACUGUUGUUCUCAAAGGUCUCCCUUCUCCUCCAUUGGAUGUAGGGGUUUUCUUGGCCACUCAAACUCCAACAGAGCUAUCACAGUUCCUUGACGGCAUUGAUGAUGAUGGAAAUCCUAAAAAUAGCAUGGAGUAUGGUAAGAAUCAAGAAAGUGGAAGCAAGCCCCAGCCAGGAAGUAAAAACUAUACCAAGCAGAAGCCACUGCUUCCCAAUAAGACCACAGCACCUUGCAAUGAGAAGAAGUACCGGCUGAUACUGCGAGAAUCAAUCAAUAAUUUAACUGAACCAAGUAAAACUGAAUCACCAGCCAGUCAACAAGAUCAUAAGCCUUUAGAUGAUGUUGAAAUCCAAGCAAAAUUCAAAGCUACAAAGAGGAAAAUUCAAGACGGGGUACCAACAAGCGGAGAAGGCUAGAAACCAACGGACAAUGAAAUUCAUAGAUUUCAAUGAACUUCCUAAACAGGAGCCUGGUCCUAGAAACCGCCUUCUGAAACACAAGAAUAAUUUCCGGAAUGUCUCUAAUGGAAGGCACUAACUUCUUGGUCUCGUCAUAUUGGGUUUCUAUAUGUUUAUUUUCAUCAUCUUGUGUAAGUCAAUAAGAGCAAACACUUGACUUGUACCUUUUACCGAGAAAGCUGUAACUUUACUGGUCGAUAGCUCAGUUAAGAGGUAGCCGAGAAGCUACCCUGUUGGAACCUGAUUGCAUUGCUUGAUUAUUUCUAGUAGAUAAGAAAUCUUUGUCAGGCUUCACUUCAUGCAGACA